AUGGUAAAUACUGGUAAACCUAGCAAAGGUUGUGAAAACUGUCGCUCGCGCAAGAUCAGAUGCGACCAGACCCGGCCAGCCUAUUGGGAAGGCACUCAAAGCAACCGAGAAUGUCUUGGGUAUCGCGAUGAGACAGAAUCCGUCGCCGCGCAGAAGGCACAUUCUUUUCAGUCUUCUUCGGCGCCAUCUACCCUAUCGUCGUCUUCUAGACGUCGAAUGCCAUCCCGAUCCUCCGGGACCACAAAAUCAUACGCGGGCCUGGAAGACCCAGAUUUCAAUUUCGGUUCUGAUCGUGAUCACAACUUACAGAUGCUCCAAGCUAGGCAAAGCCCUGUGCAAACACAUCCUAACACCACAGUUUCGAAGCAGGAGGCUAUUUGCUUCUUUCUCCAAUCGCACGCUAUUCCCAGCAAAUUUGUGAUAUCGGAAAUUUUGAUAAAUUUUCUUAUGGAUUCCAGUGGGUCACCAGGUCAACGGGCUAUACAAUCCAGCAUUAUAGCAGUUGCCAGCGCCAUGCUCUCCCGUGUUCGAAAAAUGCCAUCACUGAGGCAAGCCGCUCUUCAGGAAUAUGGAUCUACACUCAACCUAGUCAAUCAGGCACUUGCUAAUGUUGAAGAGGCUAAGACAGAUCAGACUCUUGGAGCGGUUGUUCUUCUGGCCUUGUAUGAAGUGAGUAUUCCCCUCCAACCUGAAUAA